AUGAAAACAUUACAGGAAGAAAUUUUACGUAAAUGUAGAAAGAAGACGGAAUCUUUAAUUUUUCCUGAUAAAAUGGAAAACGAUGAAGAAUUUAAAGAAGAAGAUUUAUAUGAGGAAGACGUAAUCUCAGUAGAAACUGAAAAAACUACGACCGAAGAAUUACCAUUCGAAGAUGUAUUGGCUGAGAAACGCCGUAAAUAUACGACUAAACAAGAGUUUAUCUAUUCAUUAUGGAACGAAUAUUUCUUACGAAAGAAACAGUUUACGAAGAAAUUUAAUCAGGACGAUGCUAAAAUAAUAGAGGAAAAUGAAAAACUCGAUGAUUAUAACAAAAAUGAUGUUUUGUUCAUAGAAGAACAAGACAAAAAGAAUAAAAUAAUAACCGUUCCAUUUUGGAAGUUGUCACUACCGGAUGAAUUUGUAGACAUAAAAUUUUAUAACAAUAAUUCUUAUUGCGGUCGCAUUAGUAGGAAAAUGAUGGAAGGUGAAGGAACCUACACGUGGUACAAUGGCGUUCAAUAUAAGGGCCAAUUCGAACAAAAUAAAAUUCAGGGGAAAGGUCUCUUGAAGUGGAACAAUAACUGUUGGUAUGAAGGCAAUUUUGUAGAUGGUCUUCGACAUGGCAAAGGCAUUCUGGUGGAUAGAGCAAAUAAUCGUAUAUAUAUUGGUCAGUGGUGUAUGGGCCACAUGUGUCAAAAAGAAUAA